AUGGACGACGGCGACGCGAACGCGGGGGGCGAUCGCGCGGGCGAGGACGCGGGCGAGGAGCGCCGCGCGCCGCCGCCGCCCGAGGGUGGGGCGCCGCCGCCGUCGACGGACCCGAGGGAUCUCCCGGGGGUGUCCGUGCUCGUGCGUAACCUGUCGUGGGACGCGCGAGAGGACGACGUGCGCGAUCGAUUCGCCGGAUACGGUAAUAUCCUCGACGUGUACAUGCCGAAGGAUCGGGAGACCGGUCGACCGCGCGGGUUGGCGUUCGUAAAGUACGCGACGCAAUCCGAGGCGGACGCCGCUGUGGACGGCGGCGUCGGCGACUUCCUCGGGAGAGAAAUUCGUUGCGAGAUCGCGACGCAGCAACGCAAGUCUCGAGAUGAGAUGCGCUCCGGAUCCCAGCGACGCGAUGAUCGACCGUACGCGCCGCGUUCGCGUGGCAUGUGCUAUGACUGGAAAGCGGGUAAGUGCGACCGAGGCGACUCGUGCCGCUUCGCGCAUUCCGAGGACGCUGGCGACGACCGGCGCGGCGGAUACGACGACCGGCGCGGCGGGUACGGCGACCGACGCGGUGGUUACGAUGACCGACGCGGUGGUUACGAUGACCGACGCGGUGGUCACGACGACAGACGCGGUGGUUACGACGAUCGACGCGGCGGUUACGACGACAGACGCGGCGGCCACGACGAUCGCCGCGGUGGCGGUGGCUACGGCGACCGCCCGCGUGGCGUGUGCUACGACUGGCAAGCGGGCCGAUGCGACCGCGGCGCGUCUUGCCGCUUCGCCCACGAGGGCGAGCAACGCGCGUAA